CUUGUUCGUGAAGAAAGCCAAAGGAACCAUGGACGUCCCAAGGCUAAAAGGACCGUCCAUGCCUCUCGGGACUUUUCUCAAGUGGCAUGAAUUACCAGCAAAGGUACAGGUCACCUCGGGUUACAGUGCCCCUGAUGAUGAAGAGGAUUCCUUGAGCAGUGGCGAAGUCAUCGAUCUGCAUGGAGUCACUAUCGGUGAAGUUGUUCUUAGUGUAGAUCACCGGAAUCAGCGCCAAACUCUCCCUCUUCACCAAAAGUGUUGGUUUGAGAUUCUUACUGAUAACCCUGGUAUGGAUGACAAGAUCUUUGAAUCAGUUUCUGAGCUUCUAUGCGCUACUAUGCCACUGCCGAAUCAGGUACGUGUUCUGGAAUCGGUUGACACUGGUGAUGAGCUGUCAACAUUGUACGUCGAGGAUAUUUUGACUAUAGUACGGGUGAGCAAGGAGGGGCUCGUUGUCACCAAUCAGCUCUUGGAGGAGAUGACAUUGCCGCCGGACCUCAAAUGCAAGUUCACGCCGCAGCUCGACCAGAAGUGGUACACCAUGCAGGAUUUGGUAGCAUUCAAGCUGAGCGAAUUCCCGAUCCGUGUCCGCCUGACAGGUGCCGUGAAUGGCUCAGCACGGCGUGGCCCUACCUACACUCUAGAAGAUGUACGCCAAGAGGCUAACGUUCUGGCUCAGGUCAAUAAAGAGCUUGUGGCCAUUCCACUGGAUAUCGACGUGACUGUAGCACUGGUCGACGGCCGCAUGCUAGCACAGUGCAAGUCGAAGAGCAGUGGACCACAUUGAUGUAUGUGCAACCAGAUAAAGAUUGCAAGUUGAGGACUUCAGGAAAUGACCAAUUAUUUAACAAACGUCUCGGGCAUUGUGUAUGCUGAACUGUAUGCCCAUUACAGAAUGGAUCCAACCAUGCAUUGUCUGGCAGCUAUGCUGGAUUAUUUGAAGAAUGUAGUGUCGAACAUUUCAAUGUGUUCUUGACCUAGUUUCCAAACCCUUGGUACAUGUAGCUUUUUUUUGUAGCGACCUUUCACUUUAAUUGCGCUCUUUUAUUUGAUGGUUGGUGUUUGCGCAUGCUUGAAACACCAGUUCAGCUGAUAUAAGCCCUGGUUCCCUCUAUAUUUUACGGUGCUUUUGGAUAGCGAGCCUCGGAUCUAGCAUAGGAUACUCAUACCGUACUUGCGCCCAUCCACAGUCCCCUUGUGUGUGACUACCGCCCCGCUUUCGCAGUGCAAUUGCAAAGCAAAAAUGUUUAAUGGUAUUAACAUAACUAACUUUAGUUCUUUUUAGCUACCACACACAUACAUGCAUUAGUGAAUAACAGUAGUAAUUGUAA